CUACGCCACGACCACAGAUAUGUGGUCCAGCAGAACGAUGGAGCCGUACAUGAGUUUAACGGUCCAUUAUAUCGAUGACAACUAUGAAAUAAAAAGUCGAUGCUUGCAAACAGCAUAUUUUCCAGAAAAUCACACUGGAGAAAAUAUCGCUCAAGGUUUAAAAGAAGCUUUAGCAUCAUGGGGACUUUGUGAAGAUCAACAAGUGUCUAUCACCACAGACAAUGGAUCCAAUAUAGUGAAGGCUGUCACUUUGAACAACUGGACACGACUGCAGUGCUUCGGGCACAGACUACAUUUGGCAAUUGAAAAUGCAAUCAAGGAUGAACGCAUUUCCAGAGCCAACGGCUUAUGCAAAAAGAUUGUGGGACAUUUUUCCCACAGUUGGAAAAAAAAGAUGAUGUUAGCCGAAGCCCAGGAAGAACUUCAGCUUCCCCAACAUGCCCUCAUUACAUCAUGCCCGACAAGAUGGGGCUCAAUGCAACAAAUGAUAGACAGGGUUUUGGAGCAACAGAAGGCAUUGUCUCAGGUCCUUUCAGCUGACCGUAAAACAAGACACCUAGUACCACAGUGGCAAGACACAGAUGUUCUAGAAUCUGUGAGUAAGGCACUGGGUCCACUUCAGGAGUUCACGGAUGCCCUUUCCAGUGAAAACUACAUCAGUGUAUCCUACGUGAAACCAGUUCUUCAUCUGUUGAACACCAAGAUACUUGCAGUGAAGGAUGAAGAUACUGACCUGACAAAGACUAUAAAAUCAAAAAUUCUUAACUACAUCAACAAACAUUAUGAGGAUGAAACUACCCAAGAGCUUCUGGACAUAGCAACAUUUUUGGAUCCAAGAUUCAAAACCAACUACACUGAUGAGGACAAACUUCCAAACAUUAAGGCCAGGGUCAUGUCUGAUAUGGAUAUGAGUUCCCACAAGGAUACAUAUGAACCUGGGAGUAGCACAAGCAGAGAGAAUCCUGACAUCGAUCUACCUCCACCAGGCAAAAAAGCAAGGAAGUCCUUGGGAAGCUUCUUUAAAACGACAUCAGCCAUGCCAGCAGCUCUGCAACUUGAAGAAGCCAUUGCCUCUGAGCUAAAUAGCUACCUGCUUUCUCCAUCCAUUGACAGUGAGGAAGAUCCUUUGAAAUGGUGGAGACUCCAUCAGAUAAAUUUCCCAAGAAUGAGCAGGGUUGCACAAAAGUAUCUUUGUAUUCCUGCCACCAGCUCACCUUCAGAGAGAGUGUUUAGUACUGGGGGAAAUGUGGUGACAUGUCACCGUUCAUGCUUAAAACCAGAAAUGGUAGACAUGCUGGUUUUCCUUGCAAAAAACCUUUAAGAGGUUUUGGCUUUGAAUUCUGUUAGUUCGUAUUUAUUGUUAUGACAGAAGUUUAGGUUAGUUAAUCUUAAUUGUCUGUUGUCUGACACAAUUUAUGACAAUUUUGUUUGUUAAAGGGUUAGUUCACCCAAAAAUGAA